AGUUGCUUCUUUUCCAGAAUGGGACUCCAGGAGGAGGUACAGACUCUGACGCCUUCAGGAGGGGCUGAGACUAGAAGAGGAGAGGCUGAGCUAGGAGUCGUGAAGAACAAUGUGGGAGAGGAGGAGGACGACGACGAAAGACAAGAGACGGAUCAGAGGGGAGAAUGUCGAGAAAGCCCGGGGCAGAGGAGGAGUGCAGUUGGAAAGCCCAACAGGUGGCUUUACCUAAGCAGCACAGGGAAUGGGGGGCGGAGGAAAGGGGAAGUACUAGGAAUGAGGACGGACCGGUUACCUCCUUUCCUCCAGGACAGCUGUGUGCAACAAGCGUCUGCGGAAGACUUAGACUUGGCUGGGGAAGAAAAAGCAUGGACCAGAGAACUCAGUGCUGAUGUUUGCCACAUUCCCAUUAAGGAACUAAGUUGCAAUGCUGUUUUUCUGGAAAAUGCAACAGAACCUCAUGUGGCGGUCUUGCGAAGGCCUGCACAUGGGCUUCGGCUCCUGGGCAGCAGAAGAGCCGUGAGGAUGUUUGUCUUCCCAGACGACAACAGGAGACACCAAAACACAGCGACCAACCACCAAGACAGCUCUGCAAAACCUCACAGUGAUUAUAUGUUGGCAGCUACCAACUCAAACAACAAUAUUCUGCCUACCUCGACCCCAAAUAAGCAAGGUUGCCCAGAUGUGGUCCAGCGGUGUAGGAGAAGACGUGCCGAGCUGCGUGCAAUAGACGGUCUAAAACCAGACAUGCCGCCUUCUGUCAACCUGUUUCCUCAUCCAAUAGAAGAACCGCCAGUACGUCGGACUUUGAAAAGCAAGAACAAACCACGGCCCAUUAGAAUGACUGUUCUUGAGCUUAAUAAAGAGCGUAUUGGAUCCCGGGAUGAGCUCGCAAGCCACGCUUCCACUGGCACCGGUAGUUUGCCUCGUCCAGGCUUCCGAUGGAGAUGGUUUGGUCGACAGGCAACUGGAAAGGAAGUGGUGGCGAAACAAACUUCAACAAGGCUAAAGGAAUCCAACAAGACAGAAGAACCAAAGACAACAUUCGGAUCCCUGCGGAGGAGCUUGAGUCUAAGGAUGAGGCGGAAUCGUAAUCAACCUGAGCAGGAGAACCGAACUGAAUGGAGACGCACUUCAAGUAUCGGAGAACUAUCUAUGCAAACCACUCGCCCGUUUUCCUAUCUUACUGGCAGGAUGUUAACGCCAGCUCAUGAGCAAGAUGAGGAUCAAGGGGCCACACAGUACAUUCAGUACCAAACUCGGGGCAAGGUGGCCGUCUUGGAGGUCCCUCUCCAUUCUGCCAAACUAACAAAGCCCACCAAACAUUUGCAACCAGAGACUAGUUUUUGGCAGUUAAUUGCUAGUAAUUUUAAGAGGAAAGACCCGUUGUCCAGCAACAAAUCUGAGCUGUUCACUGAAAGCCAAGCAGUUGGCAGCCACCCCCCUGCGAGAAAUAAAAAGCCAGAUUCUGUUGCCAUAGAGACUCUAGCUGGCAUUGGUUUCCGCAAAGGUCAAGAUUCCUUCGUUAACAGUCAGGAAUGGACAUUGAGUCGAUCAGUACCAGAGCUCAAAGUGGGCAUCGUGGGAAACCUGUCCAGUGGGAAGUCAGCAUUAGUUCACCGGUAUCUGACAGGAACAUAUGUCCAGGAGGAGUCGCCCGAGGGAGGGAGGUUUAAAAAGGAGAUUGUGGUGGAUGGACAGAGUUAUCUCUUGCUGAUCAGGGAUGAAGGCGGCCCACCAGAACUGCAGUUUGCUGCCUGGGUGGACGCGGUGGUGUUCGUCUUCAGCUUGGAGGAUGAGAUCAGCUUCCAGACAGUUUAUAACUACUUCCUGCGUCUUUCCAGCUACAGGAACACGGCAGAGGUUCCCAUGGUGCUGGUGGGGACGCAGGAUGCCAUCAGCGCUGCCAACCCAAGAGUGAUAGAUGAUGCCCGGGCUCGGAAACUAUCCAACGACCUGAAACGCUCCACGUAUUACGAAACCUGCUCCACCUAUGGUCUUAACGUGGAAAGAGUCUUUCAAGAUGUUGCUCAGAAAGUGGUGGCGCUGAGGAAAAAACAGCAGCUUUCGAUUGGUCCGUGUAAAUCUCUGCCCAACUCUCCCAGCCACUCGUCGGUCCCGGCCGCGUCCAUCCCCUCUGUACACAUCAAUCAGGCUGCUAAUGGAGGAGGCGCGUUCAGUGAUUACUCGUCCUCCGUUCCCUCCACCCCCAGCAUAAGCCAGAGGGAAAUGCGCAUCGAGACAGUGGCUGCCUCCAACACUCCCACGCCCAUCCGCAAGCAGUCCAAACGGCGCUCCAACAUCUUCACAUCACGGAAAGCCAGUGAUCAGACAAAGAGCAUUGAGAGUAAAACUGACAGUAUAGGGAGUGGAAGGGCCAUACCCAUCAAACAGGGGAUUUUGUUAAAAAGAAGUGGGAAGUCACUUAAUAAGGAGUGGAAGAAGAAAUACGUCACAUUGUGUGACAACGGUCUGCUCACGUACCACCCCAGUUUACAUGACUACAUGCAGAACGUCCACGGUAAAGAAAUUGAUUUGCUGCGGACGACAGUAAAGGUACCCGGGAAGAGGCCGCCCAGAGCAGUGGCAACGGUCGCCCCUACUGCCAGCCCCAAAACCAACGGACUGACCAAAGACCGCAGCACUUUACAACUCGGCAUCGGGGCCACAAGCACUCCUCACUCUAACAGCAGUAGUUCCCUGCAGUCCGGGGGUUCGGCGACCGGCGUGGCUUUGGGGACUAGUAAAGAGGGAAUGCACCAGCGCUCGUUCUCCGUGUCCAGCGCAGAACAGUGGAGCGAGGCCGUUAUCAGCACCACGGCAGCCAAUGGGAUGGCAGAUCCUCUCAGCUCCGCCCCUGCCAUGAGCAGCACCACCAGUCCCAAACUUGAGCCUCCACCAUCACCUCAUGCCAACCGCAAGAAACACAGAAGGAAAAAGAGCACAGGCAUCACCAAACCAGACGGCCUUUCUGCAGGGAAUGAAGAGCAAGAGGAGUCAUUUGAGUUCAUCAUUGUGUCCCUGACGGGUCAGAUGUGGCACUUUGAGGUGUCCACGUAUGAGGAGAGAGAACUCUGGGUUCAGGCCAUUGAGAGCCAGAUAUUUGCCAGUCUACAGUCCUGUGAGAGCAGCAAGAACAAGUCUCGAUUAGGAAGCCAGAGUGAUGCAGUGGUCAUCCAGUCCAUCAGGAACAUGAGGGGAAACAGCUUCUGUGCAGACUGUGACGCCCCCAAUCCGGACUGGGCCAGUCUGAACCUUGGCGCUCUGAUCUGUAUCGAGUGCUCCGGGAUGCACAGGAACCUGGGCACCCAUCUGUCCCGCGUACGGUCUCUGGACCUGGAUGACUGGCCUGUGGAGCUCAGCAUGGUGAUGACGGCCAUCGGGAACGCCAUGGCCAACAGCGUAUGGGAGGGCUGUGUGGAAGGAUACAUCAAACCUGGGGUGGACAGCACCAGGGAAGAGAAGGAGCGCUGGAUCCGGGCGAAGUACGAGCAGAAGUUGUUCCUGGUGGGGCUUCCUCAGUCAGACGUGCCUCUGGGACAGCAGCUCCUGCGGGCCGUGGUGGAGGACGACCUGAGGCUAGUGGUUGUCCUGCUGGCCCACGGCACCAAGGAAGAGGUCAACGAGACGUACGGGGACGGCGACGGACGUACCGCCCUGCACCUGUCCUGCGCCAUGGCUAAUGUGGUCCUCACGCAGCUGCUCAUCUGGUACGGCGUGGACGUGAAGAGUCGCGAUGCCCGCGCUCAGACGCCGCUGUCCUACGCUCAGCGAGCAGGAAGUCAGGAGUGCGUUGACAUCCUCAUCCAACACGGUUGUCCCAUGACGCCCACAGCCACCCAACACAAUCCCAACAUCAACAACAACGCUCAAUGCGAGCUGAACCGUAGUGUUAGCAUCAUGUGAUCGUGGCCCGCAGUGUCUCUAGUGUCUCUUCUCAAAGAUGUUGAUGUUCCCAUAGAUGCUGCUCUCGUUAAAUGGCAUCAUUUCCCUCAGCAGUACGUCUUUAUUAGGAAACUGUGCGUAAUGCCACAUGUGUCACGUAAACCCAUUACCCUCAUGACGACUUCCUGUGACCAAUGUUAGCGUACGGCAAGAAUUAGUAGUGUUAACAUUAUCAAUGCGUGUUAUUUUUAAGCUGAAGAAAAUUAGGUUUUUAAGGAUCCUUUCUUGUGUGUGUAUAGAACAAAAAAAUGAAAUGAUGGGCAACAGGUUCUAAAGAUAAGUUAGAUUUUUUUAAGGUACAUCGGUUUAGAAAUAAUCAGAUGACAGUAAUGGAUCCUCUGCAUUGCGCCCACGUGUUUUUGUCCAUCAGAACAUUAAAUUGUGUUGUUACAGGGAAAAUUCUGUUAUUAUUUACUGCCCCCCAAACUUUCUUUCUUCUGCUGAAUACACGCUCAAAAAACAAAAAAGAUAUUUGGAAGAAUAUUGGUAACCAAAGAGUUUUGGUUCACAUCGAAGUCAAUGAACAAAACUGUUUGAUUACCAACAUUCUUCAAAAUAUGUUCUUUUAUGUUGCACAAAACAAAUAA